AUGUCGAGCUUUGAGGGUAAAGUGAUUGCCAUCACGGGUGCCGCGUCGGGCAUGGGCCUGGCAACGGCACAAUUGCUCGCGUCGCGGGGCGCCAUCAUUUCCUUGGCCGACAUUAAUGAGGUGGCCCUCAAGACGGCCACUGCGUCUCUGCCCAAGCCGAACGGGCAAGGAAAAGACCACAUUUAUACUGUUGUGGAUGUGCGUCAGACCCAGUCCGUCGACGACUGGAUCACAAGAACGGUGGCUAGUCUUGGCGGUGUUGAUGGUGCUGUUAAUAUGGCGGGUAUCAUCAAGUUUGCUGUGCCGGUUGCCCAGUCCACGGACGAGGAUUGGGAUUCCACGUUUGCCGUUAAUGCAAAGGGAGUCUAUGCCUGUAUUCGGGCUCAAAUAAGGGCCAUGAAGCCAGGAGGCAGUAUCGUAUCCGCCGCCAGCGUCUUUGGCCAAUUCGGCGCUCCCGGCAACGCGGCAUACUGCGCGAGCAAAGCCGCCGUGAUUGCAUUGACGAGAACGGCCGCCAAGGAAAACCAAGAAAUCAGAAUCAAUUGCGUAUCGCCAGGUUCCAUCAGAACGCCGCUUUCCGAAGGAGAGAACCCGGAGCAUGUCAAGGCUAGCCUGCAGCAUACGGCUCAGAAGCGGCGGGCCGAACCCAUUGAGGUGGCUCGGGUGAUUGCUUUUCUGCUGAGCGACGAGGCGUCGUUUGUGACGGGGGCCGUGUAUAAUGUGGAUGGUGGAUGGGUUUGCUAA